AUGAACGAAAAAAGUUGGAAUCUUUUGCAGGAGAUGCAGGAAAGAGGACACGCACGAGAGUUGGGCCACUUGGAAAACUAUUUUACCGCUUGUCAGCGUCAAGAUCUGUACACAAAUUUCAGCAUGUUUUGUGAGCUAUCGGAUUCAUUUACUCGCAAAGAGUUAGCUUGUGCAAUAAGAGCGGUUUGUUUGGAUAAUCCGAUCUUAGUGCACACAGUACUUCCCAGAAACGACAAAAAUCACAGCUUGGAAUACUAUAGUAGUGAUGAGCAUUUAUCAAAACCUAUAACGUCGCAUGAAUACAUGAGACUAUUGCAGAAAGUUGAAAUCUCUGAUAUUCUGAUGAACGAGCAGCCCGAAUACGCUAGCAUUUCGAAGGAAAUACUUAACCUUUAUGAGACCCAAGGUCAUAAGUAUACCAGUGAAAUCUUCGACAUUGGAUCAACAAUCCGGAUAACUUAUGGAGACCCUUCCAAGCCCAACUGGAGAAUUUUGUGUUUUCCUGGAACGUCGGAGGAUUCGUUUUCAAAACUGUUGCUAUUCUCCAACCAUUGUUCAAGCGAUGCUAGCUCAGCAGCCAAUUUUUUCAAAGACUUGUCUUCCCACCUCAACAAUCCUCCCGUCCAUUCUGCACCGGACGGAGUUAUUUUUGACUACACCGCUGACUACAAUAUAGUGAGUAAACUGCCUAUCCCAAUAGACGAACGCGUCAACUACAAACCACCUUUGACUUACCUUCCUCGCUUGAUGGGAACCGGCCUUGUUCGCAAGUAUCUCAGCUACCACUCAAAUGGUGCUGUGGUCUCUCGCGUGACAAAACCAGAUGCAGGCAAUCGUGUGCAUUCUCACAUUCUCAAUUUUACGCCAGCAGAGGUUCAGCACAUGAGAGAUAAGAUCAAGGCACAUGAUUCCAAGUGCACCAUGACGCCUUUUCUUCAAACAUGCUGGCUUGUUUCCAUGUACCAGUAUGGCAAAAUAUUCUCUGGCUCGCUACGCGAAUGGUUCAUCGAUAUGGUUGUGCCCAUGCAUACUUCACAAUUACUUCCUAAUGAUCCAGAAGUCAAAUCUAUGUAUCGAUACGGCAGUAAUAUUGGCGGAUCUCGUUACAAUCUUCUCAUUUCUUCAUUGAAUGUGGGGGACGACAAGAACGCUUUUUGGUCAUUGGUCAAAUACUAUAGUGGUGUCUUCCACAACGCCAAAGAAAACAACGACUACCUCUAUCCACUAGGUGCCUUAAUGCUUGACAUGGUCCGUGGAAAGACAAAUGUCGAUAAGCUGGUGGCAGAUGAUCUACUUGGGCUCCCCCGUGAAGGUGUUGUGCUGAGCAACAUCGGCUUUGUGAAACAGAAUCCGAAAGUAGAAAGAUUCAGGAUCAGUGACUUAUAUUUUGCGCAAACCUUAGGGAGUCUGAGACAUAGCUUCACCUUGAGUUCUUGCACUACAAGUACGGGCGGCAUGAACCUGGUUAUGUGCGGAGCAUUGGGAACAGUCGAGCACAAGCAAGAUUGGAUUGAGCUUUGUAAUUUAUUUAAGCACAACGCCUUGGCUUACUAG